GAGGAUGUGUGCAAGGAACUUAUCACUCUUCACUUAACAUAUGAUAUGAUAAGAGGUCAAUAUCAUAUGACUUAUAACACGGAACUGUAUCGGGCACUUACCUAACUACACAGUACGCCAAAGUACUACUUCGUAUGUACUAUGCUGUGUAUGUGAUUGGGAUACCGCUUGCCAUAUUCGUCCCACCUAUGAAACCGCCUGCAGCGAACACCUCGACGUAGGAUUUUCCCCGCCAGUCAACUUGGAGGAGUGCAAGACGGCCCCGGCAAUCAUAAUUUUCUCACUAUUGGACCUCGAUCGCUGGCAUAGCUGUUGUUUUGACUCCUGUUAUUGUUCGUCGUGAUUCUUCAAGAUAUUUAUUACAAGCAUGACUCUACAAGCGAUCAAAUACCAGGAGGGCGUUCUUGCGAUCAUCGACCAACUGCAACUUCCUUAUGUGGAACAGUAUAUUCAAAUCAACACAAGUGAACAGGCUUGGCAUGCGAUCAAGGCUAUGCAGGUCCGGGGAGCGCCGGCCAUCGCUAUAGUAGCGGCACUCGCCCUUGCGUCUGAGAUCCACGCUUUAAUCUCAAACCAGAGUCUAUCCCCUGAUGCAGAUGAAGUUCGUGCUUUCAUUGUUGAAAAGCUACAUUACUUGGUGAGCAGUAGGCCUACUGCUGUCAAUUUAGGUGAUGCUGCGCGGAAACUUGAGGUCGUGGUGGCUCGGAGCGCUAGCCAGCCUGGGGCAACAGGUCACGAAGUCGCCAUCGCCUUCAUAAAAGCCUCAGAGGCAAUGCUGGUAAAGGACGUUGAAGACAAUAAACAGAUCGGUGAAAACGGCGCUAAGUGGAUUUUGUCGAACGCGUUGGCCGGAGGGAAGUCAAAGGCUACCGUCCUGACCCAUUGCAAUACAGGGUCUCUAGCGACAUCGGGGUACGGGACUGCCCUGGGAGUCAUUCGCAGCUUGGCAUCAAUGAAUUGCCUGCGUCACGCGUACUGUACUGAAACCAGACCUUACAACCAAGGUUCUCGACUGACAGCUUUCGAAUUGGUGCAUGAUAAUCUUCCCUCUACCUUGAUAACAGACUCUAUGUCUGCCGCACUGCUUGCCAGCCCUCAGGCUGGGGUGGACGCUAUUAUUGUCGGGGCGGAUAGGGUUGCAGCCAAUGGAGAUACUGCCAACAAAAUAGGGACAUAUGGGCUUGCUGUUCUGGCGAAGCAUCACGGUGUGAAGUUUCUCGUUGCCGCGCCGCUUACGACGAUUGACCUAUCAACUAAAUCUGGAAGUGACAUUGUGAUAGAAGAACGACCGGCCGUUGAGGUUACAAAAAUCAAGGGACCCUGUGAAGGCCAUGUCUACACGGGCGGAGAAUUCGAGACUGUGCGUAUAGCUGCAGAGGGCAUCAACGUCUGGAACCCAGCAUUCGACAUCACGCCAGCUACGCUCAUCGAUGGUAUAAUAACAGAGAAGGGAGUUGUGGAGAAGACGCCAGAGGGUCACUUUGAUUUGGUGGAGUUAUUUGAGGGCUGAUUGUUAAGAUCCAGCUGUGCAUGCGUUCCUGCUUGGCUGAAUCCAGGGUCGCCCGAAGGCGCGGCCUUGCUUUCUUUGACCUCGCUGAGAAGCCCAUCAAUUCUUGAUUCGAGUUGACAUAGAUGCUGCUCCAAGGCUAGUGCUGC